AUGGGGCUGCUGCCCCCAGAAGUCUGGGGUCUCAUCGUCGAUCAACUUCAAGCUGAGGAUCAGCGCACUUGCCUUUUCCUCUCUAAACUGCACCAUGACUUCGCUCUCAAGGCUCUGUUUGCUCAUGUCACCGUCUACUUCGGAUUGUGGAGGAUGGACGACGGCGGUCUUAUGGAUUCAAUUGAGAAGCUGGAAGAGAUGCGGCGCCGGAACAACACCACUUUUGACGUGCUCCGACACAUCUCUCUUUCCCCUGACUUUGCGAGACUGGUUAGGACUCUCAGUGUUCGUGCUUUCGUCGAUGGCGGCGAUGGUAUAUUCCAUACCCGAGCUCUGAUCCUGGCGAUCCAAGCCUUACCAGCCUUACGGGCCUUCUACUGGUAUGGAUACUCGCCAAUCUGCGAUGACGCAAUAUUCUCGGUCCUUGCUCAGUCGGCAGGCCCCUCACUAGAAGUAUUGCGAGUCCCUUUCACAGAACACACGCAUACUAGUCUUACGUCGUUCGUCAGACUACGCGAACUGCGUAUAGACGGUGUGCCGGUCCUUGAGAGCGAGGGCGGCGCAGGUGUUGCACUACACGCGACACAAAUAGCCCUAGGCGCACUGUCGGGCACCCUCUUCCGGAUUGCCGUGUCCGGGGACCUCGUCUGGGGAUGUUCCGUUCGUUCUCUACUCGGAUUGCAAGAACUCGAGGUCAUACUACCCGAAGAGCCCGGCGGCCUUGCCCUGAUCCUCCGACAUUGCAUCUCCCUGCGCUCUCUCUCCUUGUUUGUGCUGGAAUCAGACGAUCUCUUCUCCUGUUUGGAAGCAUGCCCGACGUCACUUCCUGACCUUCGUGCAUUCAAAUUCAUACAUCGCGAUGCCACUUUUGCGCAUCGAAAUGCAGAAAUCCUUGCGCAAUUCCUGAGGAACAAGAAGAAGCUACGGUCGCUUGAUGUGGAGAUCAGCGUCGACUUCGACCAGGGCGUUCACGAGCAACAAUUACUCGAAGCUAUCACAGAACUCACGGGACUUGAAGUGCUAGGCCUGAAUUUCCAGCGUCCCGCGUGGCGACUAAGCGAUAUCGAACUCUUCGACAAGCACAUUCCUAAAGGAGUCACAGCGCUGCGCAUUUCUGUGCAGUUAGGUCAGGUCGAUAAUGAGGUCCUCCAGAAGGAGUGGUUUGAUCUUUUCAAGAAGCGGACCUCACUGCGGUAUCUCCAGAUCUUUGAUAAAGACAGGGUGUUAGACCUCAAGCAACAGAUCCUGGAGGAUCCCCCCGAUGCUCUCGAAUUGCUCGGGUAUGGCCCAUUCCUACGUUGGCUCGUGCGCGACCAUGACGAUCCCGACGAUGACCGCCCCAAGUAUUCCCCGUGCUGGUCGGCGUCAAAGCUUAUCUUCAGGACCGUGGAAGACUUUGGAUGCGCAGACUGGGAAUGGCUGCUGCGGUGGCACGAUUACGACGGUAUCUAUGACUUGGAACCCGGUCCCUACGAUGGCGUCACGGGUCGGCUCUUGCUGCAGUAA